CUUCGUAUAAUCGUAUCUAUUUUGACUGUGAAUUGACUCAAAUGAUCAACCUUCCCUGCUCCGUCAAAAUUACCUUCAACGCCAGCCACCCCAUUUGCCGCUCACCUCUCGCGUUUGCAGAACUCAGAGCGAGUGAUAGGUUGCCGGUGAGGAAAUCAAGUUGGGAAAUGGGGACGAAAUGGGCGGAAACGGUGAAGAAGGCGGAGCAGCUGGUGGAGAGAACGAUGAAAGGGAACGACGCGUCGCAUGACGCUUUCCAUGUCUGGAGAGUUAGGAGCCUCGCGCUCUCUUUGGCUAGUGAAGAAGAAGCCCUCUCUUCCAACUCCGAUUCUUUGCAAAUCGUAGAACUCGCUGCUCUUCUUCACGACAUAGGUGACUAUAAGUACUUAAGGGAUCCAUCUGAAGAAAAAAUUGUGGAGAAGUUUCUUGAGGAAGAGGGUAUUGAAGAGGUCAAGAAAGUGAAGAUACUAUCAAUCAUUAGGGGGAUGGGUUUCAAAGAGGAACUUGCAGGACAUGGCAACAGUGAAAACUGUCCUGAAUUUGGGGUUGUCCAAGAUGCCGACCGCCUUGAUGCAAUUGGUGCAAUAGGAAUUGCACGCUGCUUUACAUUUGGAGGAAGUAGGAGCCGAGUGCUUCACGAUCCCACCAUUCAUCCCCGUUCGGAUUUAUCCAAGGAGCAGUACAUGAAGAAAGAAGAGCAGACCACCAUCAAUCACUUCCACGAGAAACUUCUCAAGCUGAAAGACUUGAUGAAAACUGAGGCUGGGAAGAAAAGGGCUGAGAAAAGGCACAAGUUCAUGGAGGAGUAUCUGAACCAGUUCUAUGAGGAAUGGGAUGGCAGAGCUUAAACAAGGCAAGUUAUCCAAGUUUCCCCUCCCCAAUAUCAAAGUGCUUCUGAAACUCGACCUUGAAUUGACAAACAGUUUUCAUCCAAAAUGAACGAUCUAAGUCGCUCCGACCUCUUUCAGCAAUUGUAUGUGUACAAGCAAGAAAAAAGUCUAGUAUGGUUUGGCUUUUGCUUGAUAGUAACAGUUAACUCCAUGGUUGGAACUCUGGAUAGUCAUAUGGUCUCCAUUCUCCAACCAUAUAUACCAACUAUUAAGGGGGGUUACUUGAAUCUCAAGUCACCAUCUUUCUUAUUCUGUAUUGCUUCAUGUUAAUCUGUUCAGUCAACUGUUGCUUCCUCGUGUAAUGAUCAUCAUCAUAUUGACUUUAUUGAAACGUUCGUGUUGACUGUUUA